CUGAAAAGCAGAAUGCCUUUAUAUCUAUUUUAUCCACUCUUCCAUUAAUUCCCCAAAAAAAUUUCAGAGUAGUCCAAACUGAAAAGGCAGAAACCAAGAAAGAAAGAAAGUUCAACUCUUUGUUGAAAGACUAUUUCUUCUACAGAAACAAAACAUGCUGAAAUAUAGCUAUGGAAAAGUGGUUGCUUCACAUAUAUUGGUUGCAAGUCUGGUGGGAAUUAUAUCUGCUUUCGCCAUGCAUCUUCACAAAUCUUCUAAAUCUAAAUCCAAAUCUUCCAAAGUUGAUGAUAAUGAUCAAAUAAAUAUAAAUCUCCUUACUCCUAUUUUGGACAGAAGUGAAUCUAGUCGUGGUGGUAAACUCGAAAAGUUUUCCCAUUAUGUUGCAAGGCAAGUGGGGUUUAAAGAUGAAAAUGAGUGUCCUCGCUUAGGAGAGCUAGUACAAGAAUAUUUGAGGAGAUCCAAAGGUUGUGAUAAUACCAUAUUUGAAUACUUUGCUAAUGAAGAAGAUGCUGAAUCUUUGUAUGUAAAGUUGGAGAAUGAAUUAGAGAGAUGCAUUCUUGCUUAUUUUGCUUUCCAUUGGAGUAAAGCUUCUCUCUUCAUUAGUCAGGUGUUAAGUGUUGAUUCUGAUCAGAAAAGACUCAAGGAUUUGGUGCUCGCAGCUACAAGGAAGCAGAGAUUCGAGAAGAUAACAAAGGAGUUGAAGGUGACAAGGGUAUUUUCUACACUGGUAGAGGAGAUGAAGGCAAUUGGAACAGUUUCAUCAAAUGGGGACUCCAAAUGUACAGACGUUAUGGUCCCUGUGGCUCACAGUCAACGAAGUCCAGUGCUCCUCCUCAUGGGUGGCGGCAUGGGUGCCGGCAAAUCCACUGUCCUCAAAGACAUCCUCAAACAGUCUUUUUGGUCCGAAGCAGCUGCAAAUGCAGUGGUGGUAGAGGCAGAUGCUUUCAAGGAAACUGAUGUAAUUUACAGAGCCCUUAGCUCAAGAGGUCAUCAUCACGACAUGCUUCAAACUGCUGAAUUGGUACAUCAAAAUUCAACAGAUGCAGCAUCUUCCCUCCUAGUCACAGCUCUUAACGAAGGGCGCGAUGUUAUAAUGGAUGGAACCUUAUCAUGGGUGCCAUUUGUUGAGCAGACAAUAGCCAUGGCAAGAAAUGUACACAAACAUCGGUAUCGAAUGGGGGAAGGUUACAAGGUUGCAGAGGAUGGGACAGUUACUGAAAAUUAUUGGGAACAAGCUGAACAGGAACAAGGAGAAGAGGCUAACAUCACUAAACCUUACAGAAUUGAAUUGGUGGGAGUUGUAUGUGAUCCUUACCUAGCUGUUGUUAGAGGCAUCAGGAGAGCUAUAGGAACAGGGAGGGCAGUUAGAGUGAAGCCUCAACUCAAAUCUCACAAGAGAUUUGCAAAUGCAUUUCCUAAGUACUGUGAUAUUGUUGAUAACGCCAGACUCUACUGCACCAACGUUUUAGGCUCCAAACCAACGUUAAUAGCAUGGAAAGAUGGAGAGAAUAAGAUGUUGGUGGAACCGGAAGACAUCAAAUGUUUAGAAAUGGUAAGAAAUGUGAAUGAAGAAGCAGAGUCAAUAUACGAACUCUACCCAAAAGAUGAAUUAGCGCAGCCUGGUUCAGUUUGGAAUGACAUGGUUUUAUUACCUACAAGGUCUAUUCUCCAGCAAGAGCUCAAAGCAGCCAUUGGAAAAAUUGAAAAUCGGCCAAAAUUGCUUGAAGCUCUUAAAGCUGAUUAGAAACAGACAAAUUUUUAUUGUAGUAGUAACUUUUUGUGACUUUUUUUCAAAUGCCCAAAUGUUAAUGUUACAACUUACAAUCAUUUGAAUUUGGAUGCCCGGCCCUUUCUUGGUUUUA